UAUUUAAAUAUACCCUCUUCCUCUCUGUCCUCCUUUCUCUUUCUCUUCUUCCUUACUACACUCGUUCAACUUUUAGAUUCCCUCGUUCUUAAGCAUAUUUAAUACUUUUAUCCUUUCGGAUCUAUAAUCAGUCAACAUGCGUCUCUCCUACGCCGUCUCUCUCUUGCCUCUGGCUGCUUCCGUUGGAGCUCUCCAGGUCACUUCCCCCAAGAAGGGUGAGGAUGUUGACCUCUCCAAAUCCUUCACCGUGAAGUGGGAUUCCGUCGAUACCGACCCCUCUUCUUUCGAUCUCUACAUUGUCAACAACGCCGUCUACCCCAGCGUUGAGCAGAAGAUCGCUUCCGACAUUGACGCCUCCAAGGGCUCCUACGAUGUCUCUGGCCUCUCCGACCUGACCAACGGCAAGGGCUACCAGAUCAACUUCCUCUCUAACUCCGCCAAGAACAGCGGUAUCCUCGCUCAGUCCCAGCAGUUCAACGUCGAGGGCUCUUCUGAGUCCACCUCGACCACCACCGCUAGUGAUUCCAAGACCACCGCCUCCGCUACUGGCACUUCCACCGCUACUACUGUUUCCUCCUCCGCCCGUGCCUCUGCUUCGGCCAGCGGUUCCGCCAACAGUACCUCCUCCGGCAGCACCCCCGUCGCCACCGGUGCUGGUGUCUCUCUCGCCGCGCCCGUCUCCGCUGCCGCCGGCCUCCUGAUGGGUGUCUUGGCCCUCAACCUGUAAAUUCGGUAAACCAGCCGACGACAAGAUCCAGCGGGAUCACAACGAUAUGCAGGAACGCGAAUGUGGGAGAUACGGUACAUGCGAAUCAGGGUUACUCCGAUACACGAUGUAAUGGCCGUCGAGGGCGGUUGAUGGUGAACGGAAAGAUAGAAUGUAUAUUGUAUUCAAUGAGUCUAACAGCAUCUUGUCUAUAGAAUGCUCCUUACUUUGUCAAUCCUUUAACCAAUAGUGAAAUGCAAGGGUACAUAAUAAAUCAUUUUAGACAAGUACUCUGCAGCCACGGCUUUCCCAGACUUCGCUGAUCAUGUUCUCGGCGAACUGCCGGAUUGACUGCUGAUCUACCGUCC